AUGUGGAACACGAUUGACGAUGAAAACUUUAGCGCCAGUAAGAUUGCCCUGUAUAAUACAAUGGCAAUGCUACUGCAAUUACAGCGAAAUAAGGAAGGAAUUGUGCUGGAACAGAAACUACACCGUGUCAAGCGCAACCUGGAAAUUUCAUUUAUCAAUCUCCAAAGCUUAGUUCGGCAGUCUGCUCAGGCUGAUGUUAUGAGAUAUAUGCCCAACAGUGUGUAA